AUGGCCCGGAAAUCAAUCAGAGCCGCAAGCCCCCACCCCGCCUGCGCCGAGCAGCUGGGCGCCCCCCUCGUUAACAAUCACCCGGCAAGAAUGCGCCAGCUGCAGCUCGAACUGGAUCCCGUCAUCCGCGACAGCAUUCUCCCGUCCCAGUGUGAAAUGCCAUGUUUUGGUCGUGUUUUUAUACCACCAAACGCCUAUGUCGGUCACGCUCAGGUCCCUUCCAUCUCAAGCAGCUGGCAGAAGUUCCGCCGGGAUAGGGUUUCUGUCGCUUCCAACCUUAAAGUUGUACCGAGAUGGGACGUUGCCCGAAAUGAGGAGCGUCCCAACGAGACCGGCCAUGUCUUCGUUCGGAAUCGUGUUGUCUCUCUCCAUGAGCCCAGUAGGUGA